GAACAAAAAAAAAAAGAAAAAGAAAAAAGAUGAAGGCCCAAGUCCUCCUUCAAGAUCAUUACCCUUCUUCUUCUUCCUCAUUUUCUUCUUCCUUUUUUCAUUCUCCUCUCUCACUCUCUCUCUCUGUUUCUACAGACAUUUUUUGUCUUUUACUUCCACUGAAUCUCCUCUCAUAUUCUCACCCGCCAAAAACCCUCCUCCAUUUUCCUUCCUUCACCAAAUUUCCACAAACAAACCCAACAAAAGAAGAAACAGAGUAAACCCUCUGCUCCAUUUCCAUGGCUUCCUCUGCCCCUCGUUUCAUCUCCCUCAUUUUCGCAUUCCUUCACUUACUCCCCACUUCCACAGCCGCCACAUUCACCUUCGUCAACAGAUGCGAUUUCACCGUCUGGCCGGGCAUUCUCGCCAAUGCCGGCAACCCCACUCUCGGCACCACCGGUUUCGAACUCCCUAAAGACACUUCCCGUUCUUUCCUUGCCCCCACUGGCUGGUCCGGCCGUUUCUGGGGCCGAACCUCCUGUAACUUCGACGGAUCCACUUCUGGAUCCUGCCUCACCGGCGACUGCGGCUCUGGCCAAGUCGAAUGCAAUGGCGCCGGAGCUGCCCCGCCGGCCACUCUUGCAGAGUUCACUCUCGGAACUGGUGGGAUGGAUUUUUACGAUGUCAGUCUCGUUGAUGGGUAUAAUCUACCCAUGAUCGUUGAAGGAACUGGUGGGUCCGGUCAGUGCGCUUCCACGGGUUGCUCAACGGAUCUGAACCGUCAAUGUCCGCCGGAGCUGAGGGUUGGCGAAAGAGACGCGUGCAAGAGCGCGUGUGAAGCGUUUGGGACUGCUGAGUACUGUUGCAGCGGCGCGUAUGGUUCACCCAACUCUUGUAAACCGUCGGUGUACUCAGAAAUGUUCAAAGCUGCUUGUCCUAAAUCGUACAGCUACGCUUACGACGAUGCUACGAGUACAUUCACUUGCUCCGGCGCCGAUUACACCAUUACAUUUUGCCCUUCUUCUCCAAGCCAAAAAUCAUCAAGUUUUCCUACUCCAACAACACCAGAUACAACAUCUCAAGGCUAUGGAUCCGAAUCCGGUAUAGGGUCAGAGUCGGGAUCGGAGUAUGGGAUGGGGUAUUCAGGAGCUUCUGGAACUGAUAUGUUAGGGACAGGUGCAAGUUCGGGAUCGGAGUUGGGGUCGGGAUCUGGGGAAGCUAUGCUAGCAGAUGGGUCAUGGUUGGCCGGUUUGGCUAUGGGAGACUCGGCCAAAACAGUCUCUCCUCUAUCCACUAUACUGUUUAUAGUAACAUUUAUAGUCGUUUUGACUUCUCUUUUCUUGUAGCCCUCUCUCUAAUUUCUUCUCAACUUAUGGAUUCAGCUUUGUUAUGUGAAAUUGAGCAAGGGAUUUGCAGUUGGUAGGAAAGAAGGAAAGGCUCUUCCCCCAGAUUGUAAAAUGCCAUCUUGAAUGAUUCAUUUUCUAUUUUGUCUGGAAGUGUUUCAGUUCAA